AUGGCCUCGUGUGUCCAUUCCAGUGCCCCGGAUCUGAUUCCACCAGGGUCCUCUCAAGCCGUUUAUCGAGAAGACUGCACCCAGUGCUUCGAUUCCAUCGACGAUGACGCCGGACUGAACGUUUGUCUCCAAUGUUUCAAUGGCGGAUGUGCAGGCGAUCGAAGCCAUGGUUUGCUUCACUAUCAGCGGUUCGGUCAUGCCCUGGCCCUCAAUAUUAAAAGAACCCCAAAGAAAGUCCAACGCGAUGAGCCUCCGCCCAAGAUUUCAAAGCUUGCCAUUGCUGCCGAGACAGACGAGGAUAGAUAUGACGUUGCUACAUCGGUGGUGUGUUAUGCGUGCUCCCAAGACAACGUGAAUAAGACCGACGGCAAUCUUCCCGCGGUGAUCGAGGGCGUAAUGACUGCAAUGACUCACUCGAAGAAAGAGGAAGUCAAAGCCUGGGAGCAAGAAUUUGUUCCUUGUGAGCAUACACUCUGUCUGGUCCAACAAGAAAACCUGAAAGCUGCCUCAGCCGAAUCAAACCAUUGCGCUGACUGUGACUUGGGCGAGAACCUCUGGCUCUGUUUGGAAUGUGGUAACAAAGGCUGUGGGCGAAGUCAAUUCGGCGGGAGCCAAGGAAACUCCCACGGUCUUACUCAUGCUGACUCAAAUUCACAUGCCGUUGCUGUCAAGCUCGGCUCUAUCACAGCGGAAGGCUCUGCGGAUGUUUACUGUUACAAGUGCAACGAGGAAAGAGUGGAUCCAGAGCUGGCCGCACACCUUGCUCACUGGGGAAUCUAUUUGGCAGGACGUGAGAAGACUGAAAAGAGCUUGAUGGAAAUGCAGGUUGAGCACAACCUCAAAUGGGAAUUUUCUAUGAAAACAGAGGAUGGUCGGGAGCUGACUCCUAUCUUUGGGCCUGAUUUGACCGGCCUGGCCAAUCUUGGAAACAGCUGUUAUCUAUCCAGUAUUAUGCAGAGCAUCUUUUCGAUCACUGGAUUCCGUGACCGAUACUACCAUCCGUCUGAAGAGCCACCACUCAGUCAGGCCCCAGCCCAGGAUCUCGAAACCCAAUUGCGAAAACUUGCAGACGGGAUUCUCUCUGGCCGAUACUCCCGACCCGAUCCUCGCUCUACUUCCUCAGUGGACGCGCCCGAACUUGCUCAUCAGAAAGGCUUAGCGCCGGCAAUGUUCAAAUACCUUGUUGGGCAGGGCCACGAGGAGUUUUCAACUAUGAGACAGCAGGAUGCAUUCGAAUUCCUUCUUCAUAUCUUCAAGCUGGUGGCUCGAUCGAACCACUCAAGCGGGCAGCAUGACCCUGUGCAGGACUUCCGUUUCCAAGUUGAGCAGCGCCUUCAAUGUUUGAGUUGCAAGAAGGUGCGCUAUAGAGUGGAUGAGCAAGAUAACGUUUCAGUGGCCGUUCCUGCACGCCAGAUUGCCACCACUGAGGAGACAGGUCCUCAAUAUGAGGCUAUUACCAUCUCCCAGUGCCUCGACAUGUUUACAUCGACGGAGGUUGUUGAGCUUACGUGUCCCGGAUGUGGCGGCAAGGAUGGCUUUUCGAAACGCUCGCUUUUCAAAACAAUGCCCAAAGAGCUAGUAGUUAAUGCUCGCCGAUUCGAGCUUGUUAACUGGGUCCCUACAAAGCUUGAUAUCCCUGUGCUGGUUGAUGACAAGGUAUUGGAUUUCAGUGUUUAUCUCGCCGGAGAACACGACCAGAGCGAGGAGGAGCUACCAGAGGUCGAGGAAUCGGCAGCAUUUGUUCCAAAUGCGGGAGCACUCGAUCAACUCAUGGCCAUGGGAUUCCCCGCCGUUAGAUGCGAGAAGGCUCUCCAUGCGACUGGCAACGAGGAUCCGGAAGCCGCCAUGAACUGGCUGUUUGCCCACAUGGAAGAUGCUGAUAUUGAUGAACCGCUUGUUUUGAAAGCAAAGAGUCCCGGGUCGGGCGUCGCAGAACAAGAUCCGGUGAAAAUUGCACAGUUGGGAGAUAUGGGUAUCGAGGCCCCGAGGGCUCAGCGAGCCCUGGCUGCAACUGAUGGCGAUGUCAACAGGGCAGUUGAUUGGGUUUUCAGUCAUCCCGAUGAUGAGGACUUGCCGACUGCUGACGAUCAGAUUCCACUAUCUGGUCACACCGCUGGGCUUACUGAUCUCCCGGCUCGCUACGAAUUGCGCUCAAUCGUGUGCCACAAAGGCACUUCGGUUCACGCAGGGCACUACGUUGCAUUGAGUCGCAAGCAAUUGCCGGGUCAGGAUGGCCUUUCAUGGGUGAUGUUCAAUGAUGAAAAGGUUGUGAAGUUUGAAGAUACCGAGGCGAUGAAGAAGUCUGCGUAUCUCUAUUUCUUCACGCGGGUUUAA